AUGACGGAUGUGAUGCGAGCUUUGACAAUCGCGAUGAAUAUAGAAAACGCAAGAAAACGCCCGACCAACCAUCUAUUUGCAAACGCAAACGACCCGAUUGUGGGCCAACGUCCAAUCAUUCAUCGUUUGCCUUUCACAAUGAAACACAUCAAACUGAACACCAAG